UUGGGAUUGGAGGUAGCAAGGAAAGUGUCUGAACACCAGAUAACAUGUUUAAAGGUUAAUUAUUAAUGGGCAGACUUCCCUAACGAAGUAUCAAUAGGCAAUCUGGUCUCUUUAGCUUCAGAUAUUAGUGAGAAGACCUCGGACCCCGGGUGAGACAGAAGAAAUGGAAAGUCCCCUGUAUGUCUCUGUUUUCUUGGUUUUGUGCAUCUUUAUUCUAUCAAGUGCCCAUGGACAAAGCCCGGGACCAGAGCCAUUUGGAAGAUUUCAAGCUGUUGAAACAAAGGAAACGUUGCGGGAGACAGCGACCAAAUUCCUGCUCUUUGAAAACCAGAUGGAUAAGGGCUGUCGGAUUCGGCUCAAUCACUCAGACACGUUACAGCAGUGCGGCUUCAAUUCCUCUCUGCCUCUGGUGGUGAUAAUCCACGGGUGGUCGUUCGACGGCUUGCUGGAAAGCUGGAUCUGGCAGCUGGUGGCCACGCUGAAGUCUCCUCUGGUCCAGCCAGUGAACGUGGUGCUGGCAGACUGGGUCAUCCUGGCCUACCACCAGUACAGCGUCGCUGUCCGCAAUAGCCGCCUCGUGGGCCAGGAGGUCGCAGAUCUUCUCCAGUGGCUGGAGGAAUCUGCUCAGUUCUCUCCGAGCAAUGUUCAUCUAAUUGGGUACAGCCUGGGUGCACACGUCUCGGGAUUCGCUGGCAGUUACAUGCGCGGAAAGCACAAGAUUGGGAGAAUUACAGCACUGGAUGCCGCAGGUCCCUUGUUCGAGGGCACUUCCCCCAGUGACCGUCUUUCGCCAGAUGACGCCAAUUUCGUGGACGCCAUUCACACCUUUACCCAGGAGCACAUGGGCCUGAGUGUGGGCAUCAAACAGCCCAUAGCACACUAUGACUUCUACCCCAAUGGGGGCACCUUCCAACCUGGCUGCCACUUCCUGGAGUUCUACAAAGAUAUUGCCAAGCACGGCUUAAAUGCCAUCACCCGGACCAUAAAGUGCGCCCACGUGCGGUCGGUGUACCUCUUCAUCGACUCCUUGCUGCACCCCAGCAUGCAGAGCAUGGCCUACCUGUGCAGCGACAUGGACAGCUUCAGCCGGGGCCUGUGUCUGAGCUGCAAGAAGGGCCGCUGCAACACGCUGGGCUACCACGUCCGCCAGGAGCCCAGAGGCAAGAAGAGCAAGCAGCUCUUCCUUAUGACGCGAGCCCAGUCCCCCUUCAAAGUCUAUCAUUACCAGAUCAAGAUGCAGUUCAUCAACCAAACUGAGAAACCAGUGGAACCGGCUUUCACCCUGUCCCUCCUUGGAACGAAAGAGGACAUGCAGAAAGUUCCUGUCACUCUGGGUGAAGGAAUUACUAGUAAUAAAACCUAUUCCUUUCUUAUCACUCUGGAUUUGGACAUUGGUGAGCUGAUCAUGAUCAAGUUCAAGUGGGAAAACAGUGCGGUAUGGGCCAACCUCUGGAACACAGUCCAAAUCAUCAUCCCAUGGGGCAGAGAGCCCCACUUCUCAGGCCUUGUUCCAAAGAGCAUCAGAGUCAAGGCAGGAGAAACCCAGCAAAGAAUGACAUUUUGCCCAGAAAACAUGGAUAAUCUACAGCUUCACCCAACCCAGGAGAAAACCUUUGUGAGAUGUGAAGUAAACUCUGAAAACCGGAAGCGAAAGAUCCGAUGAGCUUUAAUGAAGACCCAACGCAAAGAAUAAAUGAUCUUAUUCCUUAUCUG